AUGGCCUUUGCAGUAAAGGAGAUCAAUGAAAACUCUCAGAUAUUACCCAAUGUCUCCUUGGGCUUCCAUAUCUAUGACAGCUAUUUCAAUGGAAGGUGGACCUUUGGUGCCACAAUGCGACUUACAUCUUCACAAGGCCAAUUUGUCCCCAACUACAAAUGUGACACCCGGGAUAACCUGGUAGCGGUCAUUGGAGGCCUGGACAGUGACACUUCACUUCAUGUUGCAACUAUACUGGGCACCUACAAGGUUCCUCAGCUCACCUAUGGCUCUGCUCCAGUGAUGAAGGACAAAUCUCCAGGCUAUUCCAUUUACCAGAUGGCUCCAAAUGAAACACUUCAGUAUGCUGGGAUCAUGGCUUUGUUGCUGCAUUUCAAGUGGAUUUGGAUUGGCAUCAUUACAAUGGAUGAUGAUAAUGGAGAAAGAAUGGUGCAAACAUUGUCUUCAAUAUUUUCCCAGCAUGGUAUUUGUAUUGCCCUGAUAGAAAGAUGUCCCAGGUCAAAUUUUGCUGAUGAGAGUACAAAUAUGAUGCAGCAGGGAGCUAGAAUAUUUGCCAAAAUCAUGGAAAGCAAAAGCAAUGUAUUUGUGGUGUUCGGACAAUCUUAUUCCGUCAAUGACUUGAGAUGGUUGCCACAGCUGUCACCAGGAUACUGGGGAACCAAAGGUAAAGUGUGGAUACUGACGGCUCAGAUGGAUCUUGUUUCAAUGGUCUAUCAAAGGAGUUGGGAGACAGACAUAAUCCACGGUGUUCUGUCCUUCACGGUUCACUUCAAUGAUCUUCCUAAGUUUAAAGAAAUUAUUAAGAACAGAAACCCCUCUAACGCAAAAGGCGAUGGUUUCAUAAAGGACUUCUGGCAACAUGCUUUUGACUGUGAAUGGGAUGAAUUGAAAGGUGAUAGCUGCACAGGAGAAGAGAAGCUAGAAAGUCUACCCGGGGUUAUUUUUGAAAUGACCAUGACUAGCCACAGCUACAGCAUCUACAGGGCUGUCUAUGCUGUGGCCCAUGCAGUCCAUGCCAUGCAUUCAUUACACAGCAAGCAUGGAAUGAUGAUGAAUAGAAUGUGGCUUACUCCUCCUGGGCAGGACCAAUGGCAGCUCCAUGACUUCCUCAGAGGGCUUGCAUUUAACGGCAGCACUGGGAACAAAGUUUCAUUGAACGAAAAUGGGGAAUUGGUAGCUGGAUAUGAUAUUAUAAAUUGGGUAAUUUCCUCAAACCAAUCCUUUAAUAGGGUGAAGGUUGGGAGAAUGGAUGGCCAGACUGCUCCGGAACGUGCAUUCACCAUCAAUGGGGAAAUUAUAACAUGGCCGAGCUGGUUUAACCAGGUGCAGCCCAUUUCUGUGUGCAGUGCCAGCUGCCAUCCUGGCUAUAGCAAGCGAGUGAAGGAGGGAGAGCAGUUUUGCUGCUAUGACUGCAUCCCAUGUCCAGAAGGAAAGAUUUCUGACCAGAAGGACUCGAAUGACUGCUAUCAAUGCCCAGAUGAAAAAUUUCCAAGUAAAACACGGGAUUUUUGUAUUUCCAAGUACAUCACCUUCUUGUCUUAUGAAGAACCUUUGGGACUCAGCUUAGCCUUUUUUGCGCUUUCUCUCUCUGUGAUCACAGCUGUGGUGCUGGGAACAUUUAUAAAGCACCACAACACUCCAAUUGUCAAAGCCAACAACCGGAGCCUCACCUACGCUCUCCUGGUCUCUCUUCUGCUUUGUUUCCUUUGUGCUUUGCUGUUCAUCGGCCAGCCAGAGAUAGUGACCUGCCUGCUGCGCCAGGCUGCUUUUGGCACCAUCUUUUCGGUGGCUAUUUCUUGUAUACUGGCCAAGACCAUCACUGUGGUUCUGGCUUUCAUGGCUACCAAACCAGGAAGCAGGAUAAGGAAAUGGGUGGGGAAAAGACUGGCCAACUACAUUGUUGUUUCUUGCUCCCUUGUCCAAGGAGGACUUUGUGCUGUGUGGCUGGCAACCUCUCCUCCAUUCCCAGAUGUUGACAUGCACUCAGUAACUGAAGAAAUCAUACUGGAAUGUAAUGAAGGAUCCUUGAUUCUGUUUUACUGCAUGUUGGGCUAUAUGGGUUUCCUGGCCAUUGUUAGUUUCCUUGUGGCUUUCCUUGCCAGGAAGCUACCUGAUACUUUCAAUGAAGCCAAAUUUAUAACCUUCAGUAUGUUGGUCUUUUGUAGUGCUUGGUUAUCCUUUGUUCCAACCUACUUGAGCACGAAGGGAAAAUACAUGGUAGCUGUUGAGAUCUUCUCUAUCUUAACUUCCAGUUCUGGUUUGCUUAGUUUAAUUUUUACCCCUAAAUGCUACAUAAUUUGGCUGAGGCCUGAGUUAAACAACAGGGAAGGAUUAAUGAGGGCAAAAAGUCAACAUGCAUAA